GUGCUGCUGGUGUGCUGGGUGUCUCUGGAGCAAGGUGUGAGCUUCAGCACAGCAGCGGCGUGGGCUCACCCUGCUGCUGGCCAUAGCGGGGCUGGCACGGUCCUGCUGCAGAAGUCAGCCUUGGGGCUGCACCACCUCGCAGGGCGAGGAGCCUUCCAGCUCAGAGUUGUGCGGAUACGCUUUGCCGGAUUGUGCAAACAGCUCACGCACAAGAGUGACUUUUAGGCUGAUUUCUAAGUGCAGUAAUAUUUAAGGACAAGUCAGCGAAAGGAGGGAGGUUUCCUGCAGCUGGAAAGCUGGGGGCUGUGCAUGUGGCUCUGGAGGGGCGGUGGGUGCUCUCGCCCUGAACAAAAGGCGCUUGUCUUGCAGCCGAGGAGCGCAGCGCAGCGAGAGGAGCGCUUCCUGCCCGUGUGCCUGUGUGUCCCCGCGUGGGGCAGCGAGGGAGAGGCGGCGGCGCUGAUGUGGCACCGCGCUAGAUCCAGAGGAAAGUGCAUCCAGAGCCUUCUUCCAAGUCUCCAAGGCUGGAGAACUGCAAGUACAGUGACAGCGGGAGCCGCCGAAACGAGGGCACGAGACAAGGACAUCAGACAGCCCCCGUUCAGUGACAACCCCUCUCCAUCCCGUGUUUCUGUCCCAGCUCAGCUUGCUCAGCCAUGAAUGCCUCCAUGCUCGGCAGCCAGCUGAGACACCCCGAGCCCCAGGACGUGGCUGCCUUCACUCCCGUCUCUGUCGUUAGGAGCAUGACGAAGAAAUCUGAUGCCCUGCCCAUGAUCUCCAUGAUCGUGGCCAUCUUUGUCCUCCUGGCCAUCUUCAUCAUCAUCAUGGUGCACUACGGCCCUCAGCUCCGCACCAUCCAGAUCACCCUUUACCACGAGCCCAUGCCGCAGGACUUGGACGAUGGGGUGCACCUCACGGACUGGAAGAAGCUGGGCUCCCAGAAGAAGCCUCCUGCCCAGCCCGGCCAGUGGGAGCUGGGCGCCGUGGCCACGGCCAGCCUGAGCUGCCAGUGCUCCUGCAGGCACCACCUCCCCUGCAGGAGCGCCGAGCCCAACAUCAUCGAGAUCACCUACCUGUGAAAAUAGGGACUGGGAUGAUGGCUUAGCCCAGGACUUGCCGCUUCCUGCGCACUGAGGUUUGCAGGAAUCACCCCAGGAUCGUGUCUGUCUCCAGGGGGCUGAGUGUCACUGCAGUGACCCA